AUGGCAUCGCCGCCACGUUCGCCUGUAAUACCAGACGCCGUCCAAAGGAUAUACGAGCAACAAUACAUCACCCUGCCCCUCUUCGCUGCGCUUUCGAGGCUACAGGAUCAGCUGGAGGCGACUGGCAACACCGAAGCGCCCCCCAAACGAGUGCCGUACAACAAAACUCCCGAACUUAGCUGGGGCCGACAAUCUCCACAACUCACACCAACUCCUUCACCCUCACCAUCGCCCAAGACCUCGCAUCGUAAUUUGCAGUCCUUUCCAACUCCACCCUACACCUCACCCCAACGCAAAGACUCGGCUUUCGCAUCGCCUACAAAACUCCCCGCCGCUCCUCGUCGAUCUCGCCAUAAGCAGUCCUCGAGAACCCCACUACAUUCCUCUCACAUGAUGCUUCGACGCUCACGGGUUCGCGAAAGUCGAGCCCUGGAAAGGCGGUUUUGGGAGUUGGACGCCUCAGGGCGGAGGGCGAGGCGCAUCGUUGGGGGAUGA